UCGCUCUCAAAAAUAAAUACAUAAACAUUAAAAAAAAAGAAAAGAAAAGAAAACGCAGCUUCUAUACGGUUUCAGGAUUGCCGUAAGAAAGGCAUACCUGUGGACUAAGCUGAUUCGGGAGAAAGUGACAUCAUUCUAUGACAACUUAGAGCACAAAGAAAGCAAAGGACCUAAAGCUGGAGACUUUAGUGCAGGAGAUGGUUUGAUAACCUCAGAAAGAGGUUUGGCUUUAAAAAAUGCCAAGGUCGGGGUGCCUGGGUGGCUCGGUUGAGCGUCCACCUUGGGCCUACGUCAUGAUCUCAGGGUUCAUGAGUUCGAGCCCCACGUCGGGCUCUGUGCUGACAGCUCAGAGACCGGAGCCUGCUUUGGAUUCUGUCUCCCUCUCUCUCUGCCCCUCCCCGCUCGCAUUCUGUCUCUCUCUCAAAAAUAGAUUAACGGAAGCAGCUUCUGUCAACCAAGAGGCAGCAGACAAGUUCCCGGAUGCCGUUAAGAGAAUCAUUGAGGAGAAAGGAUGUCUGCCCAAACAGACGGUACCCCGUCCCAGAAGCCUGUGAGUUCAACACUGAAGGCUUCAAACUGAUCUCCUCACCUCCAAACACAGCGUCUCUAAUUUAGCCUCUAGAUCAGGGGUCAGAAGGACCUUUAAUGCUCACUACACACGGUGUCCUAUGGAAAGGAUUGUCAACGCUGUGGAAGGGAACCCCAACAGAGCGCCACGGAAGUCUGGAAGGAUUUCACCAGUGAAGGUGCCAUCGUGGUUACAGAAAAAAGCCGCGAGAGCCACCACGCCCGAAACAAUAAAUUCCUGUUGGAGAAAAGUCCAGACGUUGUGUGUGACCUCUUGGGAUUUAUCACGCAGCCCGUCGGGGAAACCAUGAGAAAGAUUAUGGGUCUGGCAAAAAUGGCGGAGGGGCGGGAGGGAGGUGAAGGGUUUCAAGAUCUGGACCUUGGAGAAAUUCGAGCGCUAACAGACACACGCCAGAGGCACCCACGGGAGUCGACGUGAUGGAGAUGAGAGCCUCGGAACCAGUGCCAGACAAUGAGGAAGAAGAUGCAAAAGCAGUACAGGAGACAAACUGAUGUUAGGCAGUCUGGCAAAAGCGUUCCGAUGAUUCAAGACUGCUUUUUAAAAAAUUGCUUUAAGUUUAUUUGUUUCGAGAGAGAGAAAGAGAGAGAACACAACCUGGGGAGGGGCGGAGAAAGGGAGAGGGAGGAUCCCAAGCAGGCUCAGCGCCAUCAGCAUCGAGCCGGAUGUGGGACUUGAACUCACCGACCAUGAGACCAUGACCUGAGCUGAGAUCACGAGUUGGACGCUCUACCAGCUGAGCUACCCAGGCGCCCCUUGACUUCUUUUACAAGACGGACUUGGGCACUGUCCCUAAAGCGAAUGGUGGAGGAAGAAUUGGUUCCGUAUGGAACCAUUUUGAGAGAAAUGAAAAGGCAAAAAAGUUGGGCAGAGAUUACGAUGUAUUUCUAUGAAGUCACACCCAGUGUGCCUGCCUCUCCAGCCUCCCCUUCCACCUCCCCCACCGCUCCCUCCCCUGAUGCCGCUGGGACAGCAAGACCCCCCCCACCCCGUCCUCCUCCCCCGCCCCAGCCUUCUGGAAGGCAAUGAGGAUAGAGACUUUAUGAUGACCCACUUCCACUUAGUGAAUAAUAAAUAAUCAUGGCGCCACACAGUUGAUAAGCCGGCCCAUCGUGCAUGCGUGUGUCUUCGUGUGAGAACCUCAUAACCGUAGGACUCAGACCAUAGGAGGCGUCUUGUGUCAUCCCCGUUAUCACCCAAGAAUUCAUCGUGUACGGCAUCCUGUGUUCACCUGCAUGGAAGUGCAUCGCCCACCCGUACGGAGGCAUAAAGACCUGGCCACCCCUCAGGCCUUUGCGCGAAACCCAUCCCUGGUGUGGGAGUUCUACCACUACCGGCGGGAGGUGAUGCUGAGCAAGGAACCGAACCCCGGGCACCUCGCCAUCGCUGAAUGUGAGGCCCGGCUGCGUGGGCAGGGCCGCCGGCUUGUGGUCAUCACUCAAAACAUCGAUGAGCUGCACCGCAAGGCUGGCACCAAGAACCUUCUGGAAAUCCACGGUAGCUUAUUUAAAACCCGAUGUACCUCUUGUGGAGUUGUGGCGGAGAAUUACGAGAGUCCCAUUUGUCCAGCUUUAUUGGGAAAAGGGGCUCCAGAACCUGAAGCUCAGGAUGCCAGAAUCCCAGUGGAGAAACUUCCCCGGUGUGAAGAGGCAGGGUGCGAGGGCCUGCUGCGACCCCACGUGGUGUGGUUUGGCGAAAACCUGGAUCCUGCCAUUCUGGAGGAGGUUGACAGAGAGCUGACCCUCUGUGACUUAUGUCUAGUGGUGGGAACUUCCUCCGUGGUUUAUCCUGCCGCCAUGUUUGCCCCCCAGGUGUCUGCCCGCGGAGUGCCAGUGGCCGAAUUCAACAUGGAAACCACCCCAGCCACGAACAGAUUCAGGUUUCACUUCCGGGGGCCUUGCGGUACCACUCUUCCUGAAGCCCUUGCUCCUCGUGAAACUGAAAACGUGUCUUAAUUGUCCCGGGGAAAGAAGAAAUCGUGGCACAUCUAAGUACCGGGCCACAAACAGAGGCGAAACAAUCAUGGGGAUGGUGAGCUAAAUGUUAGAACAUCUAGAAAUAACCUCCGAUUGCCUGGCUGGAAUCCCACCUGAUGAUAAGUGAUGGCAGUUUAGAAGGAACAAUCGCAACAGUGGAGUUGAUGCAGUGUUAUUUUGUGUGAACUUAAACACAAGAUAUCUCUGAUGUGUUUGGUUGGUUAUUGGAAGGGGAUAUUUUUGUGAUUAGAUUUUCUUUGAAAGAAGCAGUCGUGCUGAUUUUAUUGUUGCUAUCUGGGCAAAGAUAGGAGUAGAGGGGUCAAACCUUGGUAUUUCUAAUUUUUGUCAAGUUUUGGUGGAAAAUAAACUCACUCUCUACGGUAGGUGA